UCGGUCGAUACGAGCACACACUGGCGUGGCUCUCGGCCUCCAUUUGCCAGUUCGUGUUUAUGUUCGAGGGACCGCGACGAGCCUCGUUACAACCGACAGGACGUGCAACAGUCGCCACUCUUCGCCAGGAACAGCGUCUCCGCCGCCGGCCACGAGGAGCUCCAACCGACGGUUGAAAGGCAUUCAAUGAAGUGGUAUAACAAUAUCCGUUGGUGAUGCCGGCAACAGACUCUGAGCUCACGUCCAUGGAGGACCCCCCUGUGGAGGAUGAAAAGGGGGGUCUGACUGACGUCCCUCCAUCAGCCACUCCUGCUGCCAUCAUUGCUUCACCUCCUUUCCCUGCCACUAUGACUAAUUUCACUGGUGAGACUGAGAUCGAGAACAGAGCCGUGUCCAUGGCAAGUCAUGACUGCAGCUCGGCUCUCUCCUCACCUGCUGAAGCUAGCCCAGCCAAGCCUGCAGUAACAUCAUCGAACACCCAUGAAGGGACUGUUGAAACGAGCCCACCUACCUCAAACAUAGCAUCAGCCUCAGACUCUUUAAAAUGCUCAGGGACAAAUCUUGACAACAUCCCAGACUCACUACCGUUGUCCAAGUGGCCAUCCAGCACGUUUGGCGGUGCUGAACAGAAGCAUGAAUUUCCUGCUGUUCUAACUUUCAAAGGUGUCACUGUCUCUCUGGAUAAUAACAGCGUGUGGAAGCAGUUUAACAGCUGUGGAACUGAGAUGAUUCUCACAAAACAAGGACGACGCAUGUUUCCGUACUGCCGGUAUCGUCUGGCUGGCUUAGAUCCCGAGGGCCACUACACUCUGGUCCUGUCCCUGGUUCCGUCUGACCAGUACAAAUACCGCUGGAACAGAUCCCAGUGGGAGAGCAAUGCAGCAGCUGAAAACCAGACCCAGGGUCUGAUCCGAGCCUUUGCCCACCAUUACGCAACUAGCAAAGGCUCGGUGUGGAUGGGCGGCCUGGUUUCUUUCUACAAGCUCAAACUGACCAAUAAUUUCCAAGACCAGGACGGUCACAUAAUCCUACACUCCAUGCAUCGCUACAUUCCAAGGCUACAUGUGAUACCUGUCCCAGAUGGAGUCACAACCACACCCGAUAAGCCUGUGUUUAUGGGGCCGGAAAGCAUGACCUUCACUUUUCCACAAACUGAAUUCAUGGCUGUGACGACUUACCAGAACUUUCGGAUCACGCAGCUGAAAAUUAACCAUAACCCGUUUGCAAAAGGCUUCAGGGAGGACGGACACAACCCUCGUCUAGUCCGGGUCAGCGCAGAGGCUCCAUCCAUGGUAAAGAUAGAAGCUCAGUUCAACGUGUUGGAGCCAAAUGAAAGCAAAGAGGAGGCUGUGGAUCUGAGCACAAAGAAUCGCGUCGUCCCUGCUUCAGUCUCAAAUGGUCCGACUCGGCUGGUCCUGAAGCCCAUAAUGUCGACAUCUUCUAAUAAGAACCAAUUUGUUCACUGCUUACGAGGCAAGCAUGCUCUUGGUGAGCUUGUGCUUGUCGAAAAACAUCCACUUCUGGAAUCCGUGGAGGAAAACCUCGAUAACAUUGCAACCACUAAGUUGCAGCACAGCCUCGAAGCAAUAUCCACGACUCCCACUCCCUCAAUGUCUACCCCGGAGUCAUUGCCGAGGACCCGCAAGAGAAGGAAGAAGACAAACACACGUUGGGUGACUCGGGGAAGAGAGUGGAGGGUUGCAGCUAGCAGCUCUUCGAAGGUCGUCCACAGCCCGUCACUGACUGUCGCGUUGCAACCAGAGCUGGACAAUGUCGAGGGCCUGUUGUUUGUGUCAUUCACCUCAAAGGAAGCUCUUGAUGUUCACAUCAGGAACAAGCCAUCCGAAAUCACAGCACCAGUAUCUCCAGUUUCCCCUACGACUCAGGAGCCACUGAAGCAAACAGAGGAGCUGACCCCAGCGACUGACGAGGAGAAGAUCGUUCACAAGGAGGCCGUCCUGCUGCAGGACCUCAGAGUUUUCAAACACAGACAGGUCAUCCAUCCUGUGUUGCAGGAAGUUGGGUUGAAGCUGAGCUCUCUAAACCCGACCAAGUCUGUUGACCUGCAGUAUGUGGGGGUUCAUCUGCCUCUUCCUCCAGCGGAUCUACCAGAACAAGAAAACUCCACUGCGCUCUCUCUCUGUGAGAAAGGACUACCCUUCAUCUCCAGGACUGGGAAGACAAGUGACGUGACAAAAAUAAAAGGAUGGAAAAACAAGUUCAUAAAAAACAAAGAAUCAUCUUUGAACAGUGAUGGAUUACAAAAGAACCUAUCUGCCUUCUGCAGCGACAUGUUGGAUGAGUACUUGGAAAGCGAAGCUAAGCAAAUCAGUGAGCGGGCUGCUGCCUUCUCCAUGUACCCUGAGGACUCAGUGGCCUAUCAGGUGCCCGCUAAAGGCUCCAGCUACGUGAAGACCCUGGACAGCAUGCUCAAGCAUCGGAAGCCUGCUCCCAACAAACCCUGCCCGCUCUCCCACAAACCCCGACUCCACUCUGCCGUGACGUCACCGGCUCCUCCUCUUCCAAGCCCUGCCACACCCGUUCAAGCCAAAUCUCCGUCCACACCGACAGAUGCUGCAAAUGCUGCUUCUGGGUCUAGUGCAGUUUCACACAGAUCAUCUACACACCACCCAGCAAACUUUGGGCAGAACAAGGGUGUAAUACACAGACCGGCAAGCUUACCUAAGUUUGAGGUCAAACUGUUGCAAAUGGAGGUCGGAGCCCUGAACAAGGGUCUGAGAAGAACACAGCUGACUCCAGACAGGCUGAAAGUGGCUCUGUCUGUUCUCCUGACAAAACAGACGCAUUUAUGGGGCCGGAAGGAACCUUUAGAUCCACAGUCUGAAGACACCGGACUAGAAUGUACUCAGGAGUUCUGCAGACUGGGCUGUGUGUGUUCCAGUCUGCAGAAUGUGAACAGAGGUCCUCUCCACUGCCGCCGGCCUGAAUGCAUGUUUGGUUGUGCCUGCUUAAAACGCAAGAUCACCAAGCACAUUUCUCCUGGGGACAGGGAACCAGAGAUCCAACCUGUUUACUCUAUGACUAAUACGCAACAUGUGGUUCAACCUUGCCCAGGCUCCCACACUCAUAAGUUGUGGAAAUGCAACAUUAGUGAUGAGGAUGCAGAGCCACUCUUCAUCCCCGAAAGUCCUCAGUAUUUUGUCCGUGCAAAGAACGUGAAACACAACAGUGCAACUCGUAUAACACAGCAGAUUGGAGAGGAGGACAAGGAACCAGCGUAUAAAUACUGGGAUGGCAUGACAUGUGCUCGUGUCAGAGAGUUUAAAAGCAGAAAACAGAAGACAACAACUGACAACCCGCAGAGAAACCAUGCAAGUUCUGUAAAGAAAACAGCAAGGAAGAUGGGUAAGGAAACCACAGAAAAUGAACCAAGGAAGCAAAUCCAGAUCGAAUCAGCAUGUCAGUGGAAAAGGGACCACAAAAUGGUCCUAGGAGCUUUAAGUCGGCGCAUGAAUGAGAAAAGGUUGUCUCAGAGUUUCUGCAUUGGACCAUACCUCAUCAGCCCACUCACCAAGAUCUCCAUGCCAACUGACAGUGGCUCGAUUGUCACUUACAGGGUGCACAUAAGUGAACCAUCAAAAGCCAGUGAUAAUGAGGAGGAUGAACGUGAAGAUAGUGAUGAGGAAAAGCCAGUUGACGGGGAAACCAACACAGAGGAGAUACUGGAGUUGGAGAUGCAGGUUGGAGUCACGCCUUUCCUGGGUGGAGUUUUACCUGCAGGCAAUCUAAAAGCCAGGACCAAACCUGCUGGCAGCCAACCAUGUGCACUUGUACAGGUGAAUGGCAAAUCUUACAAUCAGGCCAGACUGUUGCUGGGAGGUAUGGGAUCUCUACAUCCAGCUAACCGCCUUGCAGCAUACGUGACAGGCCGACUUAAUGCUCCCGCUGACAUUUCUCAUAAAAACUCUCAGAAGCCUAGUACUCUGCAUGGGAAAGCCACAGCCACUGAAGUGCCUCAAACUGUCACUGCAAGGAGAACCUCAGAUCUGAAGAUUGCAGUCGAAUCCUUAGUUCCGUUGCAUCUCGACUCCUGGAAAAAAGGAUCAACCACCUUCCCACAGAAUUCACAAAACUCCUCCAAUGUUAUCGCUGUCAAGCAGUUCAUCUCGAACCACCUCAGCUCAGUCAGUCACGUCCAGAACAGCUCCAAGUCUUCGCCGGUCUCUCUCACCGUAUCCCCCUCCCUGAAAAGCCCCAGCUUCCUUGGACAGAGUGGGACGUAUUCUUUCAGGAUCUGCCCUCCAGCCAACGAGAGCACCAGAGGCCAGAAUCCACCAGGAGUGGCCUUGCCUGGGGGCUUCACCCUCAUUGACCUCCCAAGGUCUGGAUCUAAUGAAGCUACACAACCAUCACAAACUGUAAAGACUAUAAACAUGACCGCUGCUAAAACUAUAACUCCCCCACAACAAGAUGCCUUGUUUAAUUAUAGACCAUUACCUAGUUGGGAUGCAAACUGGCUCGGUUUGGACACUUUCUCAAGUAGUACAUCAUUAGAGCCUUGCUCCUCAUCUGACCUGGUAUGUGGUGAAAAGACGUCUCCAGGUUAUGACCCCAACAGCGGACGGGUGGAAUCAAACAUGGAUUUCACCUCAGAAUGCCUAGGCUCUGAAGACUCCGACUAUUGUGGAGAUGGUGACGACGAAGACGAGGAGCUAUUGGACAUUGAGACGGUAGAGGAAGUAAGACAACAAUUAGCCAUCGAACAAAUGAAGGAGGCUGCUAUGAAAACAUUACAGGACUCACGUCUCUUCCAGUCCAGUCUUGUACCUAAAACGGAACCCAGCACCCAGGAAGAACGGGACAAAAAGAAGCAAAAGAUCCACACGGUGUUAGAGAGGCAGAGACGCACUGAACAGCGGAUCCUUUUUGACAAACUCCAGACCAUCCUUUGUGGUGACCUGGUUGGCAUCAAGCCCCCCAGGCUCCACCUGCUCUCGAUGGCCGUGAAGGAAAUCAAACACAUAGCUGAAACGUCCAAGUUCCUCAAGGAGAAGAAGAGGAAAUUGGCUAAGUUACAGUCCACCUAUCUGAAUAAGCUCUCCAUUUUGUCUGGCAAGUCUGCGAAUCUGAUCAAAAAUAAGCUGAGUGACAUCUGCAAUAGGCAUAAAAUGAGAGAAAAGGCGAAGAAAUGGAGUCCAUUCUUUUCCGAGCUCCUCAAGUCCAGAGCUGCUUUCCUGCAAGACGCAGCCUCCCAGUCCCAGCACAUGCCCCUGUUACAUCCUGACUUCAUCACAACUCAAUCGGAGGCGCGGCCACACAACACUGCUGCCCAAACAAAUGCACAACCCCUGCUUAAGCCCAACUCAACCAAAUCCAGUGGAAACCUUCCCAAACCCGUGUCAACACCACUGCCCCAUCCUCAGGCUGCGUCCACGCCUGCCAAGGCUGACCUCACUGCAAGGUUAUCCCAGGGAGAGACUCAGAAAGAGCCUGGAGCUCCAGCCCAGGCCAGUGUGCCUGUUUCACAGUCUCAGGUCCCGGCAGGUAAAGACAUUCCUCCAACCACUGCAACCCCUGUAACUAAAACACUUAAUCCCAGAAAGCCCUACAAACGCCGUUCCAUUCAACUUCCUCUGAUUCGCUCUAAGACCAGCAGACUCAUACUUCCCUCAUCCAUGAAACCAACUACUCCAGGCUUCUUUACUCUCAUGCUAAUGGAGGCAAAGCUGAAGACAGGAGUGAAUGGGGAUAGCACUUUAGCUGAUAUGCCGUCUGAUGUGCUGUCUGAUGUGGAAUCCAACCACCAGGAGAAGAGCCUGUCUUCAUCCAGAUCAGCCUCGCCCUCAGAGAGCAGCCAUGUUCUGGAGGAAACGACUACAUCCUUAAACUCCGAUCCAAAGCCUCCACAGAAACUCAAUCCCAUGUUUGAGUUCACCCUCCUUAACAAAUCAAUUAUCAUGCCUUCAGUGGCUGUGCAGGACAAACAGAAAGGGGGCACAGUGGAAGGUUUGAGCAAAACACUGCCAGCUGCUCCCUUUAGCUUAAACAGUAUGCAAGAGUUUUAUGAUUCUAAAUCUAAAUCCAAACCUAAACCCCGCAGAGGCAGGCCUCCAAAGAACCGCGUCGCUACCCAACCUUUCCCCGUGGUAGAUGAGACCAGGAAACCAGUCAGUGAAAGUGCAACAUCUCCUCUGGUCGAAGAAAGACAAAGUGAAACAGAAUAUUUGGGAUUGACCAAGAAACGAGCAGCGGACAGGCCAGCAGUGGCCAGUGAUGCAGCAGACAGUCCUGUCCCAGUGAAAAGAGGCAGAGGACGGCCUCCGAAGCCGAGGGAGCCGGUAGAGAUGUGGAUUCCGGCUGGACAGAGAAGAGGUGUUUCUAAAUCCAACGAGGACAGCCCUGUCAGACUGUCGUACCUUUUUAAUGGCCAUGAUUCCCUUACUGCCUCACUAGGCGGGCAAAACACAUCACGGCCGUUAACGCGCGGUGCUUUAGGAAAGGACCUCCCCAGUGCCAAGAGGCGUUCGUGGAUCGAUGUAGAGAAGGAGCUGGAACUAGAGCUGGAAUCUGAGUAGUUCCAUUAACUUCCUGCCGCUGCAAUAACCAACGCACACGAUUAUUUAACCUCAGUCUCACACUGAAACCACAUCCCUCUCUGAGUCUUACAUAUGUAGAGGGGGCUUGUCUUGAAAGCCUCACCAAAUGUGCCUGUGUUUAAAUCCAAAGGACCAGAGACCAACACUAGAUGCUGCUCUUUUCUGUAUGAGUCAGCACACAACUCAGUGGACCUCCUUCAUACUGUAGAGAUGGGGCUGUAUAUGAGAUGGCCGAGACGUCUCACAAUAGCACAUUUACGGAAAACACGAAUGCAAGAGCCACAGCACAACUGCCAAAAAAACUCUAUCACCACACUUUGAGCGAUGACGUUUAUUGACAAUGAAAUGAGCAGAGUUGUUGUUCGUGAAAACCUAGUCAAGCCUGCUUUAAAUUUGAAGCUUGUCUAUGUGAGGUGUUGCUUGAGCCUCCAUAAAAUGAAUUAUGCACCUGUACCGUAACAUCUCUAAUAGACAAGCAUCUAAUUUAAGUGGCGACUGGUUUGUGCGCGUUUCAAUGAAUUGACGAUAGGAGGUAAUACUCGUUUCAUUGUCAACAUAGGUUGUCACUCACUUCCGCCGUGGUUGGGUUUCCAUUGUGUGUUUUUUUUUGCUGUGUGGAGGCUUUUGCAGUGUUUUUUGUGAAUUGUAUGAGAAGUCUCGCCCAUUUUCAUUUCUGGUAUAAAGAAGAGAAAGCAUUACGUGACCUGCUGAAUGUAUGAAUGAAAUUUAGUUUUGAUAUUUUCCGUGGUAAAAUUAUUCUUUAAAAACAAUACUAAGACUAAUUCAGAUUGUUUUUGUUGAAGUCAUUUAUUACUAAUCUGUCAUAUGCAAAUUAAUAUAAAACCGUACAGAUGACAUUAAUUAAUCUUCAGCCUUCCAGUGUGCAUUAAAUGGAAUAGUUUCCUGAAUAGAAUUAGACGAUACGCUGUCAUUAACCAUGUGAACCCUAAAUGUUAAUAGUUUUUUAUUUUAUUUGGUAGAAGCUAGUCUGAUCUGUAUUAUCUCAUUAGAAUUCCUUCUUUGUCACCAACAGUGAAAAUCAUCUGUAGGAGCACUUUAUGGUUCUUUUAGUAUAUCUGACUUGUAUUUAUCUUUAUUUGGGGAUUUAGUUCAGUAAUACAUUAACCUGAGGUGUCACAAGCAAUCAAGAGGCGGUUAGCCCUAUAUCUAUAAAAAUAACCUGUACAUAAUGUAUUUCUUUUUUUAAUCACUAUAUAUCUUUCGCAAGAGGGAUUUUUGAAACACUGGUUGUCCUAAUACUUGUGAGUUAUGAGUUGAAAAUGUGAAAAGUAAUGUGGCCUUCUGAAAUGAAUAAAAUGUUUAUGCAUUUAUCAAGGCACACUUGAUAGAAUUGAUUUUCCUUUUGUGAAUGGGGAUCGAACACUUUACCUCUAGAACAAACCCAACUGGUCAGAGAAUCUACUCAUUGUUUUUAAAGAGAUCAUUAAAAGACACUGAAUUUAAAUCGGAA